AGGUAGUGUAGUGAAAGGUGAACGUUUGAAAGAAUAGUAUACAUUUGUGGAUUGGUGCCUGUCAUCUUCAAAUGUGCAUCGCAGUGGCCGUGCUUGUAUUUGUUGCAUUGCGCUCUGGUUUUAGAUGACCAGCCAUGAAGAAAAGUGCCUCGUGGGAUGAAUACUAUGAGAAGAGUGUAACUUUGCCAUGACGGUUUCCGCCGAUGCUCUGCGAGAAGGCUGUUCAUACUAUGAUGUCCUUGGUGUUCCGAGGGAUGCCGACUACUUGACGAUCCGGAGGAGCUUCCUCGCUGCUGCCUUAGCGCAUCAUCCUGAUCGUAUAACCAAUCGCUCACAAUCAUAUUCGUUCCUACCUUAUGCGUCAGAGCUUAGCUCCGGUCUUAGGCACGAUGGGUGUCUGCCGUCCAAUCCUAGCGGUAAGAGUUGUUCGGCCCAUGAUUUGACUGAACCGUUUAGUGUUGACGACCGUUGUACUAUUCGCUGCGUCUCGAGGAUCGUUACGGGUGAUGCGAAUUGUAAUAACGGUAAAAAUGCGGCUGCGAUUGACGCAGAAAACAAGGGCAGGGAAAGUGGCGCAGAAUUCUUGUGCACAUCAACAGAUGAAGGAGAUGGCUGUAGUCGGAGGUCGUUGAGUGCUGCAGAAACAGUCAACGAGAUCUUAGAGGACGCUUUUGUCGUUGAACCGGAGGAGGAAUCUGUUCCAGCAGAAGUUGGUAGGGACGACAACAAUGCGGCCAGUUUUCGUAGAAUCCACGAUGCGUGGUCCGUGCUGCGAGAUCUGCGAAAGCGAAAAGAGUAUGACGAAGAGCUAAACGCCGCUGCCACGAGAUGGGGAAAUCAAUUGGGAGCGCUUGUCGAAGAUGUCGACUUGGAUGACAUGAGUUGGGAGCAAAGUGACGAGUCUUGCUCGACUGGCCAAUACGUCUAUCCAUGUCGGUGUGGCGACUGCUACGUUGUGAAGGAUGAAGAUUUGAUGAUGACAUGCACCAAAGGUGCUUUUGCUUUAGGAAAACACUCGCACGUGCAGUCGUUGAUCACUCACUGUGGCUCGUGUUCAUUGAGCAUCCGAAUUCAGUUCUGUAUGGUAGAUAGACAACAGUAAGAGUAAGAGACUUCAAAUAUAUAUAUAUAUCGUCAAAUAUAUAUAUAUAUAUAUAUAUAUAUAUAUAUAUAUCGUCACAAACAGAACUGCCCGGUAAACCGUAGGCAGAGAGAGAGAAGAGGACAACAAACGAGGGGCUGUGACAAACUGUUUCGUCGGAGUUUCACUGACUCAUCAGGAGGCUGCAUAUAUAUAUAUACAUUUUGGAUAAGGUUUGGAUAAGAUUGAAAAAAAAAAAAAAAAAAGGCGGUGUUGUAAUAUUAACCAUUUUGACUGUAUUAACCAUUUUGGUACUUCCAUGGUCAUGAUGUUGUGUUAAACCACCAGUGCUUCGGGGGGGCGCACGUUUUUUUUGACCCGGGCUCCAGACACGCUGCGCGGGAAGUUUUGUCGAAAGGCCAGUGUGACUAUAUUUUGUUUUUCUUCUGUUGAUUGGCACCGCCAUUCAUCGUAGUUUGGCAGCCCCGAAGCCCGGUGAAGGAGGUGCGUUAACAUCAACGGUCCGCAGUCGAUGUAUGGGCCAAGUACUGGUGGUUGAAGGGGCAGGAUUCUCUUCACUCCCUUUCUUUUUGUCUUACACUGUGAAUGAUGAAGAUUUGAUGACAUGCAUGGAAGGACUUUCAGGAAAAGACUGGAAUCUGCAGUCCAUGGUCACGCACUGCGGCUUUUGUCCGUUGAGCAUCCGGCUUCUGUUUUGUGUGGCAGGCAGGUAGACAGUAGGAGGAGAGUCGUGGUGAUGAUGUCCUGUUAAAUCAUCAGUGCACUCGGGCUUGGCGACCUUCCAGUGCGCGCUAAGCUUCUGCGAAGAACCAGCGGUGCACCUUUUUUUCUUCUUGGCUGGCGCCACCAGCCAUUGUGGUCUGGUUUGCUUGAACCGUCCGAAAUUUCUGUAGGCGACGAAAGAUUUCUCCACAAGGCUGGGGGCGCGAACUGGCUGUCGGUAACCGCCUGAUCCGACAUGAUAUGUUUUUUGGUAUUUCUCUAAAAGAGAGAGUGAGAAAGCUGGAGGCGGCCCGUGAGGACGGAGAAAAGAACAAUGGCGUCCGGCACACGCCUGUCACCCAUGCUAGUAGAAACCUUUUACAAUCCGAGCGCUGUUCGCUUUCGUCAUUCCUGCAUGCUAGCCAACCACGACGGCGAGGAAACACACACACACACACACACACAAAAAAAAAAAAAAAAAACAUUUGCAAUUUUAACUUUUAAAUGCGUAACAGUGAAAUUCAGUUACAAUUUUCACGAAUGUUGCUCCGAAGCCAGGAAAUUCGUGAAUGUGUAUAACCUAGCUUUAGGGUUGGGUGCGGAUGUGUUUUAUUUGAGGGAUGUCGGGACUGCAUUUACAACUGCAUUUAAAACGUGACUGGGGCGGAGUUACCCCCUUCAAAAAAGUACCGCUUAAAAAGAAAAAAAACUGCUGCUCCUUUUCCGCAUCAGGGUAGAGGCAGGUAGCACUUUCGAAAAAUGUCCGACUACUUUCGUGGUCAGGAUUCAGCGUGGUCAGGAUUCAGCGUGUGGCGCCACGACGUCAAACGUUUGCACAUGCUUCCUAUCUCAGCACCGCACCCUACUCGAGCAAAAAGAGGUGGGAUACGAGUUUUGCCUAAAAGC